UGAUCGGCGUAUAGCACCAGCCCUCUCGCUCCACCCCCGUCAGACUUGAGGAUCGAGUCGAGCGGAGCACUCGCCUGCAGACCGACGUCCCAGCAACAACAAUCGAGCACAGUCCGCGUCCGCGCCACCAGCAGACAAGCCAGGCAACCAAGAUGAGUUCGUCGCAGAUAGUGGAGCUGAAUGUGGGCGGCGUGAUUUACGCGAGCAGCCAGAGCACGCUGAACGCAGAGGACGCGGCCAACCUGAAGCAAAUCGUCAGCACCAACCCCAAGGACUCCAAGGGGCGCGUGUUUAUCGACCGGGACGGAGUGCUCUUCCGCUAUGUGCUCGACUAUUUGCGGGACAAGAAAAUCUGCUUGCCUGAGAAUUUCCAAGAGAAGUACAGACUGCUCCGCGAGUUUGAGUAUUUCAACAUGGAGAACGCCAAGAAGGAUCUGCAGCAGAGUUUGGACCAAGAAAUGAGAGACGUGUCGCAAAGCAACCAGACGCCGGGCCGUGGCUACAUCACGCUCGGCUACCGCGGCAGCUUCGCCUUUGGUAGUGCCGGCAUGGCAGACGUCAAGUUCCGCAAGCUGUCACGCAUCCUGGUGUGCGGCAGGGUGAUCCUGUGUCGCGACGUCUUCGGCGAGAGCCUCAACGAGAGCCGCGACCCCGACCACGGCGAGAGCGACCGCUACACCAGCAGAUUCUUCCUCAAGCAUUCCUCCAUGGAGCAGGCCUUUGAUUGCCUUCAGGAAGCGGGAUUCAGAUGUGUUGCGAGCUGCGGAUCAGGGACAGCAGGUGCACUCAACGAGCCACUCAAGCCAGGCAUGGACGCCGAAGAGAACAGGUGGAACCACUACAAUGAGUUUGUAUUCGUCAGAGAUUAAGUUGUCGGCAGACAAAAGGUUUUAAUAUCACAUACACACACAAGCUACUACUCCGAAAGAUUAAAAGGCCAUUGGCACGCGAAAUCAACUUCAAAUGCAUCUACCGACAGCGUUUUGCUUUUUGUGCACGGUUCAGAUUUGUAAAGUAAACCCAUCGCGGAUGCGAUAGCAUUUAUAUAAUUGAAGAUGGAAUCGAGAUUUUGUAAUAAAAAGAGUACGAACGAAUCACCGCCGCGUGUUCCUUAUCAUCGGCUGGCAGGACUGUGUUUUUUGUGAGUGCACAAUCGGAUAAUUGGUGACAGAAAUUGAUCAUAUAUUGACAUUGUAUACCUGUUCAGUUACGAAAAAACGUGAAUUUGCUGUAAAUAGGUUAUUUCUUCCAAAUUCACUGACCUUGAACAGUUCUCGUAGACGGUAGGGUAAAAUUUCGCUUUGUGGCGUUCGAUUGUCAAGCAUUCGCACGCGUUCGCAAGCGAACUCACCGUUUCUUCAUACGAUCUCAAUUUUGCACGAUUAGUUGAAAUUUAGCAGUAAGCAAAAAAUAAAACAUUGAAGCAACACGUCUCAUUAUUUAACACGGCAUUCUUUUGUGCUAGUGUUAUUUCCUCGACAAGGUACUUAAGCGAAAUAAUGCAUUUCUCAGAAGCAACAAACAUAAUCUUCUCCUAAAAGUUUCCGCUAGUCCCAAAGUGAAAUUUCUACCGGCUGAUGCAAAAAGCGGCAGCUGUGCUGGGAUUUGGACUUCUUCCCAGGAGCCAUUCCCUGGAAAAGUAGCGCAUAUAUGAAAUAAUUCGACGGACAAUGGAGACCCGCUUUUGUGGAGAAACAAUGGCAGUGGCGGAGGGAUAACGCACGCGGCUGCUUUCCUCCCUCUCUUGGCAUUCAUUACUUUAAUAUGUAAAUACCAGCAGAGAAAAUCACACUCUCGCUAAUAAUGGUGUUCAUUUGUAUUGCACACGCGCGCUGCAGCAAUCCCUCUCUCACUUUUGCCAGUUGAAAUAUGGCAGCGUGCCCGUACAUACGUCUGUUGCGAGCGAAAUGUUCGCGUACACAGCGAGAUUCUGCUUUUUCCGGUUCUUUUUAUCGAUUCUCGACGCGUGCAUGUCUCGUUGAUUUUUACACACAUCCGCCCGGCACACGCGCGCAGAGAUUGUGCCUGAAUGGCAUUUUUCCUCUUUUUUUGCGAGCGAAUAAAUUUCCACCAAGAAUAGCUCUGAUGUGCAAUCCUCAAAGUGCAUGGCGUCUAGUUUUUCACCGUGAUUCAUGGCGCAAGAAGACGCUAACUUGACCAACGAGAUUUUUGAAGAAUGAAAAGCGGCGAGGGACAAAAAGAGUCCGUUGUUUUAUGGAGCAGAGAGGCCCGGCCGGAGGAUUUUUACGAGGGCGUAAAAUUCAGGGGAGAAAAAAAUCACUUAGAGCGCGGAUCAAAUUUUUAAAAGACCACCUGCAGGCUGGAUUUGCAAAUCGCGGACGGAGCAACACCCGGCGCGCGCGUCUGUAUUCUAAUUAAACAUCGAGCUUUUAGCCACGGUUGAGUGGGCCUUAAUUCCAUGCCUGCGAUCCGCCACCCUCUGACCUUUCCGGCCCAAAUUGGGGCUGGCAAACGGCGUGGCGGCGCCGCUCUGGUCCACACACGCCUGCUUUUCCCCGCGGAUUCGGCCAAAGUUGCGUGCGUCGCUUGGGACCGAGGCGGCUGACCCGGAACCUGUGGCCGCGCUGAUCUGCCAGAUCAUUAGGGCGGAAAACUUUGAUUGAUGCCGGCAGCCAACUUUUCACACACCCCCUCUGGCGGCUCGGCUUUUAUUUUUCCGCUCGCGUAUUUUCCCUGCUCCAUCAGCCGGGCUAACCGAAACGACCGAGCCAAGUCGGCCGGCGCAAAUAAUGAGCCGGGCAAAGUAGUUCAAAAGUCCAUUUGCCGAGCUUAAUUGACCAAGCUCCGAGUUCCGCUCGCAUCGGAAAUAAAUUUUUUUCUCAAAUCGAAAGCACUACUCUCGCCGUGUCGAACGUGUGAAUGGAAACAAAUGACGGAACGUCGCACGAAUGCUAAUUAAUGGUCCGCGUCAAUCAGUUCGACUAUAAUUAUUGCAGCCGAGUGGGGCCUCGAGCGCUCGUCCUCUGUUUGCGGCCGCACCUGCCGGUUCGAUGUGAAUGUGUGCGCUCACACAUUCAAAUAGGGUUCGUUCGCAACCGACCGCACUGGAAGACACGAACAUUAGAUUAGCAUCAAGCUUAAUCGGUUGGUACAAUAGCAUUAUUAACACGCUGGAUAAGCUAAUGGAUUGCGUGUGCAUGCUCUCGCUUUGAGUGGCGUGGGCGGAAUGCCGCCGCACAAAGCAACAUCAUCCGCCGCGUUGAACACCUGCAAACAAAUUUGUAGUCCGCUAGAUCGGCCGGGAUUUGAGCCUCUCUUGUUGACAGAGAUGGAAAUCCAAGUGAUUUGUCACACUGGAUGUUUUGCUGCGGCGAUGUCUAAAUCUGACGGACGACUCAAUUUUAAUUAAUUCGGAUCAAUGCUUGGUAGCACCAAGGAUAUCUUUGCAGAAAAGGAGAAAAUUAAAAAUGGUUUCCAUGAGUGAAGUUUGGCUAAAAAAUGAUCUCGCACUUUCUCGAAUUGGACUUUCACUGUUUCACAUACAGUACUUAACCUGUGCAUCAAAAUUCAUACCAUGGCAGUAAAUGUUAAAUUACUGGUCAUUGAAAACGAUCAACUGCACUCAUUGAUGAGCUAAACCAAAAUUAGAAACAAAAAUAAUGUCGUAAACUCCGCCACUCGCCGUCCUUGCAACAAAAUUUCUCUUACAAAAAUUCACAAGCAAAAAAAUUCAAUACUUUUCAAAGAGUGAAAUUUCACUUCUUAUGUCACAAAAAUUCUGGGAGAAAAAAUUCUGUGUUCCUUGUAAAGGUUUACAGCUGCCGUGAAAAUGUAUUUCAAUGAAAUGUUGAGUAUUGAUUCAGCGAAAAAAAAUCACGCAAGAGGAUAAUUCUAAUUGUAGUAAUUUAUGGUCAAAGUUGAUCAUUUUUCAAAACAAAAAAUGGUCGUUUUGCCUUUCCAUUUCCAAUUUUUACAAAUUUUCCAUCCUAUGAAUUUUGUAAAAAUAAUUUUUGCUACCCUUUCAUUGAAAUUAUUUAAUUUUUCCGCCAGCGUAAGCUUUUGUGUGAAAACACGCGAGGUUUUGCCGUUUUUUCAGAUGCGUGUAAAAUGACAGCAUGCGCGCAAUUAUUCAUUGGCUGGAAGGGAAGGACUGAGUUAUAUUAUUAUCGCCACUAUCGCGCGCGUAGUAUUAUUAUUAGCGGACGAGUGUGAACGCAUCGGCCGAAAAGCGUUGCGCUCGAUUAAUUAAUCAAUAGUUUGUUGCCACGCGCUGACGUCAUUUUCACAAUUAUUGUCCAACUUUGCCGGAACCUCCCGUCCCGAAAUAUAUAUUACUCCUCCCUGCUUGCUCCCGACGCACUUAAAGUAGUUUAUGCACGCGUCGUCUCGAGCCAAAAAAGUUGCCCCGCGCCGAGUGAGGUGUUUGUUCCAACGAGAAACUUUCUCUUCGUCACAGCUACUGCUUACCAUGCGCGAUAAAUUAUCCCAUUGCUCCGCACUGUUGGGAGGUCGCUUCCAAAGGAACUAAACAAUCUCAAGGUGCAAGCUGCGUCCCGGCACUUUCCUGAGCCCGAUGUUUCUCCUGUAUUUGGAAACGACCUCCUCAUUUGCUGGAACACUUUUCCGAUGGGUAACUGCAGAAGCUCUCCAGGUGGGAAUUUCCACGGACCAAAUCUCAACCUGAUUGAAAAUUGAUUUCCCGUCUCCCAACUGCAAAGCCUAUUCAAGAAAAUAGUCACUCUUUACAAGAUAAUUUUAGCGAGGGAAGAUAAUCUUAUGCAUCUCCAGUACGUAAUAUUGCACCUAUAGGCGUUUCUGCGUCAACGCUAACUCCAAAAGUCGGUUUCACUCAUUUUUAAUAUUAUUAAUAAACAACCCGCCGUAAAUCAUAAAAAAGUUAGGGGAAUAAAUCAAUGUGUGGGUAUUUGUUACGAGGAUGAAACAUCAAUAAUAAUUCUAAAUAACCGUUCACACGCAUAAAGCAAAACUAGUACACAAGUGUACUCGAUAUAAACAUACUAAAAACGUAAUAAGCAUAAAAAUUUACACGAUAAGGAUAUGAACCCCGCGAUGAACUAUGUACUUAUAAAAGGCGUUUGAGACGAGAAACCUAUUUUGUGUACCUGCUUCUUUGUAUAAUUGAAAACAAAAUAAUGAUAAAAAGAAUCAACUCACUAAUACACACAGCUCUAUGAACCUAUUACUAUUCGUGUGACACUACUUGUUUUAAAUGGACAAAGUAUGUCGUGCGUCUCGUGUUGGACUGUCUGCUGUUGAUACGCGAAUGUUCGGCGAGAGUGUAAAAACUACUGCUAAUCAAAAAUGGAACAACGGCUCCACUUGUUCAGUUCAUAUAUACAAACAUGUUCAUGUGCAAACGACGAGACCUACUUCAAUCCGCGGGUAUGCACUUCUCUUGAAAGUCUUUUCUGUGAUUCCCCUUUUGAUUAAGGAACCAAUCUUAAGAUAACCUAAUUCUUAAGAAACUACUUCUCCGCAGCCAAGAACGAUUCUUUUGAACGGCAGAUUAUGUGGCAAGUGAGGUCGUGCUUUGCAAUUAAACAUAAUUUAAUUUGGCCCCCAAACGACGAACUCAAAAUUCAACAAAGCCGGCGCACGUUGUCAACUUCAGCCGUGGAAAGUCGUUCGAGAAAAUAAACCCCAAAACUAUCAAAUCAAAAGCUACUUAUCGGUUCAUUUUUGAAAGUACUGUUUCUUGAAAUCUCAACACAGUAAGCGAAAUAAUGCUUAAAAACAAUAAAAAUCAAACUCCUAGGGCAUUUGAUCUCCCACUUAAUCAAACUUCUUCCAUUAUAAUGGACCACCCAUUGAAUUGAAGACAACACAAAAAUCAUUAGAAAUAUAUAAUUUAUAUUUUGGUUGGUGCUGUGCAAAAUUAUUGACGACGCAGGAGAUUAUUUGUCUCUGGAAAAGCAACAACGAAAUGAAUUUGAAUAAAAUACAAGCCCGUCGAAUGUAGUAGUGCGUAUACUCAAGAGUCAUAUAUAUGUGAUUUGCUCUGCUCGUCACAAAUAUUACCUUUCAAUACGCGGAUCUGACGGACGGAAAGCAAGCAAGCCAGACAGAUGGAAAAAGGCCGCUGACAGAUUGGUGAGACGUAAUUAUUGUUUAGAUCGAUCGCACCAGCAGCAGCAGAGUACAUUUUAAUUAUUCGCGGCGAGCCGAUUAUUAAAUCAGCAAUUAAGGCCCUGGACGCCCUCUGACGAGUAAUAAUUUGAAGGUUGAUUGUUUGAGCGCUACACAAUGUGACAAGGAUUGUACAUAGAGGGUAACGAUUAAAUUGUAGGUUACUAUAUUUAUGAUUAACAUUAAUCAUCGUUGUUAUGCGAAACUCACAGUAUAUAUAUAUAUUUAUCAAAUCGCACACCCUCACAAAUUGUGGUGGAAUGCGUGUGAGAGCGCGAAAUUGUAAAGUUGUAACCGAAGCUCGCGGUGUAAAGGUUUAAUAAAUAAACUGAAAUAUGACACUUUGCACCCCCGCUUAACUUUUUCACGCAACAAUCUUGUACCAUAAUAAAACUAUUGAUUAUAUCAAUGAGAAGUUCAACUGUUUUGGUCUGUAGAACGGAAAAUUAUUAAUGAUAUUGAAGCAUAAUGCAUUUAUGAUAACUAAUUAUUAUUGACUACAUGGAGGUCUCGCAUUCGGACCAUAUCACGUUUAUCAAUCAAUACUCGACGAAAGCAUUGCAGAAUAAGCACAUAAUUAUAACACUUGCAUUGGUAUGGACCGCAGAUAUUGAUUAUACGUUGAACACUUGAGGCAACUAAUCGGAAUGAUUGUGUAAUUAUCUCCUAUGAGUAUGAUCCAAUAAAUAUUUAGGGCUAAUAAAA